AUGCGGGGGAGGACCUCUGCCCUAGGAGGUUACAAGAGCAAACUGUGUGCGCUCCGGCGCCCGGGCGCGGGGCUCCGCAAAGCGGGAGCGAGUCGCUCCGGCCAGGGAGGCGCCGGCAGCCCCCGCGGGCGCGCAGCGCUCCGGGGCGGCAAGACGCGAGGACACAGUGGGGCGGACCGGGUCCCGGCGGCCGCCGCCGCGGAUCCCCCCUACUCGCCGCCGCCGCCCAGCCCUGGUGCGGCCAGCCCAGUCCAGAGCGAGGAAGUGGAGGAAGAGUCAGCGAGUGAGUCCCAAAUCCCCAAGUCCAGCAUCCACGGGAGCGCGUCCCCACGCCCUCCCUCCACCUCUACCCCUUCGCCGCCGCCGCCGCCUCCCGGGCCGUCCUCCGGGCCCUUCCGAGCCCGCGGCUUCCGCGGCGCUGUCUCCUCCUCCCGCUCCUCCUGUGCGCCCAGCGCCCGCUUCUCCCGCCGCCGCCGCCGCCGCCGCCGCUGUUUGUCUCCGGUCCCUCCUCCUCUGCCUCCUCCUCCUCCCGCUCGAUGCUCCGCCGCUCGCGGCUGGGGGGGGGUCCGAGGCCGUGUCUCCUCUCCUCCCUCCGCCUCUCCCGAAUCCUCCUUCCUGCUGCUGCUGCUGCUUUUAAAGCGGAUUCUUUGGCCACAAAUAGCAACUCGGCUGCCCCCCUCAGUGCUCCCUCCCCUUCUUCUCUGCUUCCCCCCAAAAGUGAAGCGCACGCGAGGUAACCAGAAACUGAGGCUCGCAGGGGAGAGUGGGGAGCGGUCAGGGGGCAGAGGCGACGCCUGGACCCGGGCCCGAGAAGGGUCAAGGACUAGGAGGCGGGGUAGCCAGCCCAGUCCAGCCCAGUCCUUGGACCUGCGGACGAGAUCCACUCAUCUGCUAGGAGAUGAACACCCGGGCGCUUCCUGCUCUAAGUCCCAGCGCGAAGGACUGGGGGAAAUUGCUGGUCGCGCCCUCUUCAAAGCAGUGGAAACGUGAGGAGCCCGCGCUGAUGAGGCACAGUUUGUGUGCGCCCCGGUUCACCUUGGCAGCCUUCUUCCGGAUGCUUGCAGGAUCCACUUUGGAGGCGGAGAGGAAGAAAGGGAAGUAUUGAAUGAAAAUCGUUGUGUAAUAACUUGUUUUGCUUUCGUGCUACUUGGUUCUAUGAUGUUAGAAAUAAGGGGCUCCCAGUUUCUCUGAAGGGCACCGUAAGACCCUCUCCCUGGACAGGUACCCAGUUGUGGGGCUGGACAUUCUUCAUCUCCCCAACCCAAGGUGGCGAACGUGGCAGUGUGGAUUGUUAGCUAGGAGAUGCAUUUUAACCUUCACUAUGCCCAGGAUUUCCAGCACGUGUGAAAAAGUCAACAGCUGGAAGCCACGGUUGGCAAUUGGCCCAUUAAAAUUUAUUAAAAACUCAGAAUGCUUAAAAAAAAAAUAAAUACAGCCUGGGCCACCAGCCACCUGCAUUGCUCGCUCUAUGUUCAGUCUGGCACAUAUACACAGUACUUAUUCCCGCGGACUCCACUUUGAAAGAGCAAAGGUAAGCAGACUCCCUAGAUUUGACCUACUGAUCCAGCGCCCUGCCUGCUGUGCUUCUGAAAGGCACUGAAGGAUGGUCAGUAAUCCUCUGCCCCAUAGACUCCAAAAAGAAGUCACAUAUUUUUGAAAGGAGUCCUUGUAAAUGAAGUUUAGUUUUCUAGCAUUUGGGAGGUGGUGGAGGAACAUCCUGGUGUGAGUCUGUUGUUUUUCUUGUUUUUUGUUUGUUUGUUUUGUUUUUUAUGGUUAGCCUCUUAGUGAAAAAUCUACUCUUUUCCUGUGCAAGCCGUCAAGCCAGGUGUACCCUCCAGUCUUUCUGAUGACACAAGAUGCUGAAAGGCUGAGCAGAAGUGAUGGACGCCUGCUCCCUGCACCCUGAGGAUGAUCCAGAAAGCUGAGCCUCCCCAGGAUACCCACCCCUUCUUGGCUUUGUCCUUGCCCCUUCUUCCUUCAUGAACCUGUGAUUGAGCUUUCCUCAUCCAGCUGGAUAUUAGUAACAAACGGAAUGUUUUAAAAACCUUAAUAAUACCUUGCUUAUGUCUGGGGUAAAGAGAAACAGCUACCUCUGCCUGCAGAUCUGACCUCAUUUAAGAAGAACCCAGAUGGGAAAUCUGACUAGUAUCUUGGAGUAUAGUUGAGGAAAUGACACGUUACCCCAUUGGUAGCAAGUUAGCAUACCCGGAAAACUCAGCAAUGAGCAGGUGGAAACAGGAACCAGAAAUAAGAACAGACGGAGGACAGUAUAAAUAAAUGACAUAACUUUUCUGACACUUGAAGGUCCUUCAUGUUCCUGUUCCUACUGCAGCCAAAGAUCUUAGAGAAAGAAGGAGGGAUGGGACGAGCGGAUUAGAGAGCCCGAGUUAUUAUUAAACAAAGGAGACUGAUAAUUAUUCAGGGCGAUGCUGCUGUGCACAUCCCAGUAGCAGUGGGACUAAGACUUCAGCCUCCUACACAUACAUUGAUACAUGCAGAGCAGAUUUGCAACAACAUAGCACCCUGAUGCUGGGUAUUCCAUAUAACCUCUGGACUGAUGUUUAUCAUUUGGAAAUGUCAUGUCAAAGAACAUCAGAGAUGGGGUUAAUCAUAUGUUGAAAUCACCUCAUUUUUCAGCGGGGAGGGGGUAAAUUGAGUGCCUGAGAGUUUACAGUCAACUAUUUGGUGGCAGAAGCAGGACAAGAACGCAGAUAUCAAGACCUAGUACCCCCAUGCCACCAGCUGUUCAUCAUUACCUCCAAGUUCUGGAUCAAGGAAGCUAGUUUCUCACUUAUCAAUAAGAAAUCAAUAUAGAAAUAUUUUAAAAUUAUAAGUGCAAUGGGAAAGUGAAGCAAUGGGACUAGACAUUUUCUUAGUCCCCUUCCAGCUCUAACAUUCUGUGAUGAAUGGCACACCGGAGCUUUGCUAUAGCACAACCCCCUCUAGUGCAUAAUUCAGCAAACGAUGAGUAUGAGUCUGUUUUGGACCCCAUCCAAAGGAUUUAGUUCCUAGAAGUACUCGAAAUAUUUUAUUCUCAUUUAUUAUGAAGCAUCCUAAAAGAAGGCUAAAAAUAAUCAUGCACACAAUAAUAGUAAUCAGUUGUUACACUUGUAUUGUGCACUAAGCAUCGUGCUAAGCAUGUUGUCAUAUCCUACCAUUUUUCAAAAGGCACACUGUGACCUUACAUUGUUGUGAAUCUGGUGGGUCAUGAACAAUUUUUAAGUGAAAGAAAAGAAAGAAAAAAACUCAGAGUACAUUAUAUAUACUAAAUGUUGUUUUGCAAAACUUACGCUUUGAUCAUGUGGCUAGUAAUUGAUUCAAAGAAAAAGUUUGAAUGCCACUCUCUCAUCUCUCCAAUCAUGACAAUUCGCUUGCUGGUUAAGUAUUAUUAGCACUAUUGUAUAAGUGAGAAAGUAGGAUCAGAGGAAAUAAGUCCAUUUGCCCAAGCUGACAGUUCAUGAGUGACCAAGCUAGAAUUUGGAACCCAGAUCUGUAUGACUUCAAAUCCAAUAUUUUCACUUCUACAUUGAUGAUAAAUUAUUAACCAAAAUGUGGAAUAAAUUGUUGCUAAUCAUAUAUUCUUUGUGAAGACUACAGUGGCUUUUAUUAAAUCCGGCUAGUACAGAGGAAAGAAUAGAUUCAAGGGAUGUGUUCUGAAGAUAGUAAAGAAUUUCAUAAAGCACUAAAACUAACACGUGAGACCUUUUUCUACAGGUGCUAGGUUAUGUCUAACAUACUUUCGUGAUUUGCUGGUUCAUGCAGAAAUGAAAUGAUAAUAGUUUUAAUCCUCAAAUAACUUCGAUAUUCACAUCAGAGUAUUAAAAUGUAUUAUUUGAGCAUGCGUUUCAACUUUAAUUUAGAAAUUUAAUUCAGAAGCUUAUUUUUUCCCAAACCCAGAACUGGUGCCUGAGAAACAUAAAAGGAAUAGGAGACAGUCUCUAAACUGAACAAUAUUUAAAUUCACUAGGGAACACGAGAUACAGAAUAAGUAACCAGAGGACACUGAUUCAACUUAAGUGAUGAAGAGGACAGUGACUAAGGUUCCAUGCUAUGUUUUUGACCCGUGUAGUCCUUUGGAUUCUAUCAGUAACAUUGCACAUAUGGGGGGUGGUGUUCCCAUUCCUCAGAUUUGUAAGCUCAAACUCAGAGCUAAGAGAUAUUGAAAUGGGUAUCUGAUCCUGGUCCUCCUAAUUCCACUACUCAGAGGCUCUUUGCAAACCGGUGAGCUGCCAAUAGACAAAGAAGUGGUCAGCGAUUCUGAAGCAUGAUAAGCAAACAUUCACACUUUUCUCCAUCCAAAUGAAAUACUUUUCUUUCUCUUCGAAGUAGCAGCUCUUGUUGAAGCAGCACAGUCCUCUUUAAGAAAAGAAAUCCCACUCUGUUACUGAGGGAUUCUACUGUAAGGGUACAUGUGACACUUAGUAAAUGUAGAAUAUAAUUGUCUUAAUACAAUAACUAAGAAAAUGCCAGGAAGGCUAUGUUAACCAGUGUGAUGAAAAUGUGUCAAACUGUUUAUAAAACCGGUAUAUAG